AAUAUCGAAAGCUACUAUUAAGUCGUUCACUUAUACAUUUAACAAAAUCAGAUUAAAACUUGAUUAAUAUUAAUGUAACAAGAAUUUGUGUUGUAACAGUUUCUAAAAUAAAUUUUAUUUGUUAUAUACACUAGCAUGAUCAAAUGUUAAUUUUUGAAAUUUCUUUAAUUUCUUACCCAUAUUGAUUUUAACGUAGGUUAUCGCAUAAUGUAAAAAUGGUUGUACAGAUAAUGGCGAUUGAUUACAUGAUUACACUAUCAGCAAUCCAGUAGGAUAAGCCGCGCAUACCUAGAAGUAUUACGAACACGUACAACGCAGUAGUCAACGCCAUUUUCUUGUCGUAAUUAGAGCCAAGGUUAUUUAACAUUGGAAAAAACAAGUUUUCAGCACAAUCAAAUAGCACCAGCACAUAGAACAAAAUGGCAGAGAACAACUUCAUUCCGAUAAAUAUACCAAAACCUUUUAAUCCUGAUAAAAACAACGUUAGUAAGGAUUGGCGUAUAUGGAAAAACGAGUUUUCGAUAUAUUUAGAACUGAUCAGCUCAAGUGUCAAAUUCACGGAAAAGGGUAAGGCAUAUCGUCUUCUUAAUUGCAUAGGUACCAAAGGAAUCGAAGCUAUGAACGAAAUGACAUUUGAAAAUUCUGACGAAAGAGAAAAUAUGGAUAUUUUAUUGAAGAAAUUCGAUGAGAUAUUCGAUCCACCGUUCGACGAGAUAGAAGAAAGAUACAAAUUUUUUUCCAGGCGCAAACAUCCUAAAGAAAGUCUGGAUAAUUAUUUAGCUGAUAUGACAGAAAAAGUAUCAAAAUGUAAUUUCGGCGAUCAAAAGGAAAAAUUUUUAAUUGAUAUGAUCAUCCUUAACAUGGACAAAGACUAUCAGCAUGCAGCUUUUGCCUUAGACGAUGUAUCAUUGCCAAGUAUCAUACAGAUUUAUAAUCAGCAGUUGAUUUACAAUCAAAAGAUGAAAGAAUUAAUGGACCACGAGGAAUCGUUAAACAAGAACUCGGAAAAUAUUAGUGGAGCAGAGAAUAUAAACCACGUCAAGUCAGUUUUCAAAGACGUAGAUAAAGAAAAAUUGGGCAGCAAUGUACAAAAUUUGACUUCAGAUAAAUAUGAAUACAUGUACACGAAGAACAAUAACUUGAAGCAGCAGGUCGGAAAAUCCAAUGAUACUGCGGGAAAAUUUUCAAAAGACCCACCGCUUCGUGGAAGCAUGGAACCAGGCCCAACCAAAAGUCCGUCAAAAGCUGGACCACUUUGCUCGAAAUGCCUAACUAAUCACGUAGUAUUUAUGCGAUGUCCAGCAUACAAUGCAACCUGCUCUUAUUGUUUUGAGAAUGGACACUAUACAACUGCAUGUACUUUGAAAAAUGCUACAGAAGAAACAGCUAAUCUACCGAAACACGCAUCGAAUAAAAAGAAUGAAAGUUUAGCCAAGUGCUCGUGGUGCGAAACAAGACAUGCGGCAAACCAAUGCCCUCACGAUAAAGAUUGUACAUUAUGCGAAAUUUUUCCGCACAAUGUUUGCUUCAAUUGCAGAUCAAAUCCCCACACACACACAUGUUACUACAAAGGAUAUGUUAAACUUCCUACACCUCAAGGCUACCCAACUAGUUCAACAAAAGAUCAUGAGUACACCGAUGUUGCUACCACAACCGCCAGAAAUUCAGAGCAAACGCGCGAACGGGGGUGUUCCAGGUGUGGAUGUCUACAUCCACCCAGAAAGUGUCUUGCCUACAACAAAAGGUGUUCCAGUUGCGAUAAACUCGGUCAUUUCGAAUGGAAAUGUAAAAGCCGACCUACCAAUCGAGCAUUGGAGGACUGCCCAAUCUGCCAUACAAAGCGCUUACAGCAUUUAAAUAAGAAUCGCUACUUUUGCAAUCGUUGUGCCAAGUUCUAUUUCAUCAAUGGUUCCGAUGAAGACGACGACGAUGAACAAGAAGAAGAUAAGUCUUGUACGAUUUCUUAAAAUAAAAAUAUUUAUAAUUUCUUACUACAAAAUCAAUGAUACAAAAGAAGGUAGAUAAUUAAAUAAGUGUACGGUUUCAUGAAGUAUGACAAUAUAUUAUGUAUAAAAUGACAUUUUAUAACAAUAAACAAAUGUAGCUCUAGAUAUUUUUAUUCAUCAAUUCGCAAUUAGCUGGUCCCUAAAAAAUAUUGAACUAUAAAAGCUUUCUACAUAUUAAAAUGGCACGGUGAUAACUUUCAAUUUCGGCACAUAUUUGAAUACACUCAUCACGGAAACUUCGCAUUAUCCGGUAGACUAGCGUGAAUUUAUAUUUUCAAUCAUCGAAUCUAUGGCGUUGCUAAGCAAUGAAUUCUCGGGACCUCUUUUCAUAUAAUACUAGGCCUUAAUUUUAAAGGACUGCAGCUGACAUUAUUAUAUAAUACUAACAAUGGUUUCUUUGGCAUGACAAUGAAAGAUAGUAGUAUUCACG